CGUUACCCAACACAGCCUCAACUUUAACGAAGUGACUUGAGAAGGAUUCCGCAACUAUAAUCCCACUACAAUCUUUUGGGCUAAGCAUCCCUCAAAUCUAGGACCGCGUUAACAUCUCACCAUCAGUAACUUUCCUGUUGUUGAAGAGCAAGAAAUCCGGAUCACUCGUUCUAGUACAAUCGCUUCAUCAUUUGCAGCGACGCCUAUCGUGAUCUCGAUUCUGAUCAAGUGUUUUCGGUGUUACCAUGAAGCCCUCACUGUCAGAAACUCUCCCUGCCAAGCCGAGUAUUAUCAUUCGCCACCACACCAAGUCAAGAAACGGAUGCAUCGAUUGCAAGACCAGGCGGGUGAAGUGCGACGAACGUAAACCAAGUUGUUCGGCUUGCGAAAGACGCCAAACUCGGUGUCAUUACAAUGCAUCAGACGAACGCUCGCAAGCUCGGGGUCGCAAAUCGUGUGGCAACCCUCUGCAUAACGCUCGUCAGACCAACUCUGUCGCGGCGGGAAGCCCUCCAAACAAGCACGACGACCAGCAGACAUCACUCUCAACAACCACCGCAGAGGAGACAAUGACUUUGAGUCUUGAGUUGACAUAUACCCGCCAAGAAAUGCUCCAGCUUCGCCUCCUGCAUCACUAUAACUGCUUCACUGUCGACUCUUUCACAAAGGCUUUUCAACUUAGAGACAUCGCAUCCCACUCUCUUCGUGUGGAUGUCCCCAAACUCGCCUUCCAGAACCACUUUCUCAUGGACGGGAUUCUUUCCGUCUCGUUGCUCCACAUGGCCAGCACUGAGACAAGUCUAGCGGUGGUCGACAACCUGCCGCCUGUGACGAUGUAUCGAGAUCGGGCAAUGUGUCGGUUGCGCCAACAGCUAACGCACGCUUCGGGAGAUCACUCCCGCGCUGUCGUCGCAACGUCCGUUUUGCUGGCGAUGACGGCCCUGGCCGCUGAUCGGCUUUCUGGCUACGAGGGCAUCUGGUUGACAAAUUGGCUGGCUUUGACCAUCGGGCCGCGUGCGAUCUUGCCGCGUCGGGGAAUGAUGGCUCCGUCUAAAGGUGGCGAAGAGAGGACGCAGACCGGCUGGGACGUGGCACUCGAUCAUCAAUGCCCCGUGGCGAUUCCACUCGAUCUGGAAAAGGUACUCGACAUAACUGAAAAUGACGAGGAUUGGUGUUAUCUUAACGAUCUGCGCCGCGCGGUCUUGGGAAUCGGCAAGCUGUUUGGGGCAUUGGCUUGUCCGGUCUGCAGUGGCUUAGCCUACAGCCCCAGCCCGCCAUGUGUCGCAUUCAAGGUCAGGGCAUGGCCAUAUGUGUUUGUCUCCUCCGGGUUUGUCGACAUGGCCCGCCAAGAACGGGCGCGGGCUCUGGUUGUGAUGGGAUACUAUCUCGCAUUCUUCCAGUGGUUGCCGCAGAGCUGGGUUUACGAGGAUGUAGGACCCAGAGACUUGACGAAGAUUGCUGCUGCCGUCGGGCCAGACUGGGUCGCGUACCUGGCGGCUCCCAAGGUCGCUGUGCGAGUGAGGGAUACAGAUCUGUUGACGGAGUUUCUGACCGGACUACUGCCCACUGGAAGUUUAGAUAAUGCAGGCGUCGAUCAAGGAUUUUUGAGUAAUUAUAUUAAGCAUGACGAUAGGAGAUGAGCUUAGUUACCGUGUCCUCCAACUAUUAGUCCCUACAAUACAUCAAUCCCUCUUCUUUUCGCGGACAAAAUCUCAUCCUCCAAAAGUAAAUAUUACUCCAUGUCCAUAUCCUGCAUACUCGAGAGGCUUUUCUUGCUUGGGACAUACUUGGCGGGGUGGAAUAUUGCUGUGACAGCCACGACGCCAAGCAUCAACAGCGCGUCGAAGAUGUACAGGUAGACUUCGGUGUUGAGCAACACCCCAUCGUGUCCCUGCACGUACUCAACAAGCCUGAAAAGAGACCGCACGAAGAUGAGUCCACUGGCAAUGUACAGCACGUUCAAAACGCCCCUCCAACCGCUGUAAAAUCUCUUCAAGCCUUCAUAGGCCUCCUCUCCAAGUACAACGGGGGGCACUUGUUUCAACAACCUCUUGUGGAAAACAGCCGUUGCAGAAACGAAAAGCGCGAAGAAGAUGAUCUGGACCGCCAAACCCAGCAGAAUGACCGUCUUGCCCGUGUUCAUUGAGCUGCUGCUCGCCAACAAACCGGCACCCAUGAUCUGUACCAGGAAAGAGACGACGUCGCCAACAACGAAUAUUUUUGUGAGACGCGACGGUCGGAUUGGAGAGAGGGACUCGCAGCGGAGGUAUAGAACAAGACGACCGAGUACCAUGUAGAUCGAGGCGGCGAAGAGGGCGGGUGCGACGAGGAGGCAGAGGGUCUGGAUCAUGAAGAAGGCCAUGUUGGUGGGGGAAC